UUGAGAUAGUAGAACUAUUUCUUACCCAUGGAUUUAAUGUUGAUGCAACAGACAAAUUGGGGAAACGCGCUUUAUAUUAUUCAGUUAGGAAUUCAGAUGUGGUUAUGACUAAAUUGCUGCUAUCGCACGGAGCUAGUGUUCAAAAAAGUCCGGAGCUGCUUAGGAUUGCUACCAAAAAUAUUUGUAAGGAUUUAGUUGAGAUUCUGCUUCAAAAUAAAGCUGAUAUUGACGCCAUUGAUGAGCACGGAACGACAGCAUUGCACUUGAAUGCUUCACAGAAUCUAUUUUUCAGUUUAAUAGAUCUGAGCUACAGUGUUAAUAGUUUUGGAACGAAGGCCGAAAUAGCCAAAAUGCUCCUUAGCAUGGGUGCAAAUGUUGAUGCUAAGACGAAAGACAAAAAAAUAACUGCACUUCAUAUUGCAUGUUCUCAAACCAACCCAGAUGUCGUUAAAGUACUUUUAGAAUACAAAGCAAAUGUUAAUUGUCUUGUCGGAGAUGUUUCACCAUUGAUGAUUGCUGCAAAGAGGGGUAAUGCUUCAAUUAUGAAAAUGCUCAUAGCAAAUGGGGCUUCCGUUAAUUUAAAGCGAAAUAAUGGCGAUUCAGUUCUCCAUAUUUUAGCAAGGACAAGUCAUACAGAUGCGUUGAAGGUUUUACUUGAAAACGAUGCUGACGUGUAUUCCACAAACUCUGAGGGUCAAACGCCACUUCACUAUGCUUCAUGUAAUCCCAAUGACGAAAUAGCUUCGCUUCUCUUGCAAAACAUGUCUCAUAGUGAUUUGAAGGACAACGCGGGUAGAACACCUCUUGUUUUGGCCGUUAAAUCAUGUCACACCUCGAUUGUAAAACUACUGCUCGACUUUGGAUCCGAUAUUAAUGUUGUGCUUAACGAUAAUUACACACUAUUUAAAAUUACGCAAAAUGUUAGAACCCCACAAAUGUAUAUUAGCGACGACGAAGACAAUGAUUAUUAUGUUGAUAGAUAUUGUUAUAAUACUAAAUACUUCGCAAUCAUCAAUGUUCUAAAAAAACACACAAUAAAGUUAAGAAUUGCGGGUUUAUAUGUUUCAAAAAGAAAUAUUAAUUUUCUGCGUAACAAUGAGGAAUUUGAUGAUUUCUUAUUUGAUUGUGAAUGUGAAAUAAAUAAAAUAAAGCAAGAGAAAAUUGCAAAUAAUAAAAUAAGUUUGUACGAUAUUUUGACGAAAAAUAUCCAUUCAUUGGCAAACUAUGCAAGAAAUGCAGACGUAAUACAAUAUUUUAAUUCAGAAAACUAUAAAACAAAGUUCGUUAUAUAUGCUCCUUUUAUUGAACGAAACUUCAAGAAUGGUUAUAGAAGGCGUUUAUUGCUUGAACAGGGACAUAUGUUUUUCAAAUGUUAUUUAAAGUUGCCAAUUGAUUGCUCUGAGCUCAUAUUGACGUAUUUAAGUGAUGCUGAUUUGGAAAAUAUAAUUAAUAUUGUAUCAAAGAUGCCUUAAUCAAUCAAGGAUUCACUUCCAUAAUACAUAGUCCUUUUGAAUUCAAUUUAAACUCAAGGAAAUAUUUUUGUAUGCAAUAAAUAAAACCAUUGAAUAUUUUUGUAUAAAUAUAGCUAUCACAAUUUUUUCACGCUAUGGUAUUUACAUAUUUUGCCCUUACAUAUGUCAAAAUAAAAUUUGUUUCGAAUCAUGUGAUAAAC